UGCCGGAAAGAAAUCAAAGGCAACAAUGAAGUCGCUGCGGUUCAUUAGUGCUGAGGCUUUGGUAUCGAAUGCGCAGCUUGCCAGGAAAAGUCUCAGCAGUGUUGCACAUAAUCUUUUUCCUCUUCUUUUUAAAGCCAGUUAUUUACUGGAGCAGGGAGAAGUGAUUCAUGACCUGGUGGAAAACUGGCCCCUGGCAGACUUUAAUAUAGGAAAACUGUUAGGGACAACAGUGGAUUACCAGGAAGACCUCAGCAGCAGAGCAUGCUGUGUUUGUUUGGAAAGUUGUCUAGUUGGGCUGAGAGAUUAUGUGUUGAAUUGCUCUUCUCCAUACUCAAAGAGACUGAAAGUGGUGGACCUGACAGGCAUAAAAGAUGUUGAAGUUCAGGUCUGCAAGUGUAAGAAGACUCUGGGAAGGUGGGCCAGGACAGAGCUACUAUCAAAGCUCUCUUUUGAGCUGCUUGUUGAAAUGCAAAGGCUGCAGUUCAAUCCAUGUAUCUUUGAUAUCGCUAUUGACGUUCUCAUUGACCUGUUUGUUACAGAGCGGAACUAUGAACUUGUGGUCCAAGCCUUACUGAUGAGAUGCCACUGUCCACUAAAGAUUCGUUGUGUGGCAUUCAGAGCUGACAGUCUCACUUUACGAAAGCUUUUCUACAUCAUAAAGCUCACAGAUCCCUCUUCACUGCGCAAACUUGAAGUGGUUCACAAUAUUCGUUUGGAAAUGGAGCACUUGGAAGUGCUGUUUAAUAACAUCCACUUUCCUCUACUGACAUCGCUUACCCUGCCGGCCAGAGCAUUCAAUGUGCAGCGGUUUACAGCCGAGGAUGAACCAAUCUUUAUGACUAUUGGAGAAAAGAUGAGCCAAAUGACGCAGCUGACUGAGCUGAGCCUGGCAUUUUCUAUCCUCACAGGAAAAAUACGGAAACUGCUCAGCCCACUGAAAACCCCUCUGAAGCUACUGGAUGUUUCUAACUGCGCCUUGAACCAUGCUGACAUGGCCUAUUUAGCCAAUAGCCUCCAUUCUAACCACCUGGAAGUACUGGACCUCAGUGGGCACAAUGUGGCUGACCUUUACCCAUCAACCUUCUUUAAACUUCUCAGCCACUGCUCUUAUACUCUGAAGAUGCUCAUCCUUGAGGAAUGUAACAUUCAAGACAUUCAUGUAAAUAUGUUGAUUUUGGGUUUGAACCCCUGCCGGAAGCUACAAGAAUUCAAGUUCCUUGGAAAUCCCCUGUCAUCCCGAGCACUUAAAUGCCUCUUUAAUGUUUUUAGUGACUUGCCGAUGCUGAAAUACAUUGAGUUCCCAGUUCCUAGGGACUGCUAUCCUAACAAUGUCACCUACCCAAUUGAUGAUGCUUAUCUUUCAAAAUUUGAUCACCAAAAAUAUGAGAGUGUAUCAGAGGAACUUAAUAAUAUUUUACUUCAUGCAAACCGGGAGGACAUAAAGACUUCAACACCACUCUUCGGAGGCUAUGACGCAGCCAUUCAAGAGACUGGCAAUGAACUGGGAUCUUACUUACUGAAAUCUUUCAAAGAUACUUUAGAAAACUUUAACAAAGCUCUUCAAGAAAUGAAUUAA